AUGGCGCCCAUAAAAAAGACCAAGGCUUCACCCAAGGUCCGCUCUUCUGGAUCCAAGGAACCAUCACUCAAAAAAGUAAAAGGCGAGAACUUUUACCGCAAUGCGAAACAAGUCUCCCGUCUCAAGAUGUUGUCUGGGGGGAAGGCCAUCCGGGACAAGGAUGGCAAGAUAAUCCAGGCUGCUGCUUUUCAGAAGGGAGAAGAUGAGACAAAACCUGGCCGAGUCCAGCCCGAUCGUAGAUGGUUUGGCAAUACGCGAGUGAUCUCACAGACAGCUCUUGAUCAUUUCAGAACGAGUCUUUCGACGAAGAAAGAUGAUCCAUACUCGGUGCUACUUCGCCGGAAUAAAUUACCAUGGCACUCUUGGACGAUGCGUCUAAUCCUAACACUCGAAAGUGAAACCUUUGGACCUAAAGCUCAGCGCAAGAAGGCCAGGAUUGACGUGGGCACUUUUGAGGAACUAAGUAAAUUAGGCGCAGCCGCGGCGGAAGACGCAGAACAAGCGGCCAAUGCUCUAGAAUUAGGUGCUUCAUCACAUGCCAAUUCUCCCAAUCAAUCACGUUCUGACGUUGCGGUAGCGCAAUCUUACGAAGUCCCCGAACUGCAAACUCACGCAGACUAUAUUGAACCCAUUUUCGCCAAAGGAACGUCAAGACGCAUAUGGGGAGCUGUACAAGGUAUCGACUCUUCAGACGUUAUCCUGCAUAUCCUUGAUGCUCGAGACCCCCUUGGCACCAUGUGCGAAUCCGUACUCGAGUAUAUGAAAAAAGAGAAAGCGCACAAACAAGUUGUUCUUGUCAUCAACAAGUGUGACUUAGUUCCCAAUUGGGUUACCGCAAGGUAUAUUCAACAUCUAACACC